AUGGCUCGAGUAUACGCCGAUGUGAAUGCGCGCCUUGGGCCGGCAUGGUAUGAAUACGAGAGUCUGAGGAUAGAGUGGAACGUCCCCGAUCGCUAUGAGAUCACCCGCCGGCUCGGUGGCGGCAAGUACUCAGAGGUUUUCGAGGCAAUAGACUCAUCCAACGAGGAUGCGUGUGUUAUCAAAGUGCUCAAGCCGGUCGCGAAGAAGAAGAUCAAGCGAGAAAUAAAGAUCCUUCGGAACCUGUCAGGCGGCCCAAACAUCAUUGGCCUCCUGGAUGUCGUGCAUGAUUCGCCAUCACGUUCAUAUAGCCUGAUUAUGGAGUAUGUACAGGACGACGGUUGGAAGGAGCUAUACCGUACGUCGACUGAGCAGGAGAUCAAGCACUAUCUGUUCCAACUACUGCGAGCCCUGGAUUUUGUUCAUUCUCGAGGCAUCAUGCACCGUGACGUGAAACCGAACAAUAUCAUGUAUGAUCGCAGCAACCGCAAGCUACGGCUCAUCGACUGGGGUCUUGCCGACUUCUACCACCCUGGGACAGGAUACCCGCCCCAUGUCGGCUCACGACCCUACAAGAGCCCGGAACUUUUGGUGGAAUAUAGACAAUAUGACUACAGUCUCGACCUGUGGUGCGUCGGGUGCAUUUUAGCCUCGAUGAUCUUUCGUAGAGAGCAUUUCUUCCGGGGCCGCGACAACGAAGAUCAGCUGCUCAAGAUACUGAAGGUGCUCGGGUCAGACCAAUUCGAGCAGUAUCUCACAACCUAUGGUAUCUAUCUGCGAACAGAGAACACGGAUCUGCUAAGAAGCUACGCGAAGCAACCCUGGGCGCGUUUUAUCACUCCAGAGAAUCGGCCUAUCGCUACAUCCGAAGCCCUUGAUCUGCUGGAUAAACUGCUUCGUUAUGAUCACAAGGAGCGGCUAACCGCAGCGGAAGCACAAGCCCAUACAUAUUUCAACACUGUGAGACUCCAGACACAAUCUAACCCAGCGGAAUGUUUCAGCGAUUCCGGUUUCUAUUCUACUUGAUGAAAGCUACUUGCGGGCAUUUCCCUUGUAUGUACCACGGACGCUGUUGUCUGUAUGUUUCUCCCAUGCUUGUUGCCCGGCGCAUCAUAGGAUUCUGUGCUAUAUUGACUCGUGGCCACGUCAAGGCUCGCUUCUAUCGUG